CUGAGGAGUAAACUCGUUAGUAUCAUUCAGGCUCGAUUGGAUUCCAAGGAACGCUGUGGCUACGGAAAUGAUCUGCUUGGCUUGAUGUUAGAAGCUUGUCACAAGCCAGAGGGGCAGAUCCUGAGCAGGGACGCAAUUGUAGACGAGUGCAAGACGUUUUUCUUCGCAGGACAGGAGACCACCGCCCAGUUCGUGACAUGGACUAUGUUCUUGCUGAGCACAAACCAGAACUGGCAGGAGAAGCUCCGGGAGGAGGUGCAGAGAGAGUGUGGGAUGCAAACCCCAGAUGCAGAUAUGCUCAGCAAGCUGAAACUAGUCACCAUGGUUCUCCUGGAAACCUUGAGGCUCUACGGCCCAAUCGACGUGCUAAGGAGAAAGGCCGGUAAAGAUAUGACCUUGGGGAAGAUCAACAUCCCCAAAGACACCGAGAUAGUGAUGCCGAUCACGCUGACUCAUAGGAACAAGGAGAUCUGGGGACCUGAUGCUGAUGAGUUCAACCCACUCAGAUUCGAGCACGGGGUCACCAAAGCUGCCACACACCCCACUGCGCUGCUCGCGUUCGCGGUAGGGCCGCGGGCUUGCAUCGGCCAAAACUUCGCCAUGUUGGAAGCCAAGACUGUGAUCACAAUGAUACUGCAGAGGUUCUCCUUUUCUCUUUCGUCCGAGUACAAGCACGCUCCUCGACGCUCGAUCACUGUACAACCUCAGUACGGCCUUCCUAUCGUUCUCAAGCCGCUGCGAGCCGGAACCUGAAUUGGUUGAUACUGUAGUUCUAUAUCUAUUUCAUCGUGCUUAUUAUUACCGUGUAAGCGUAUGGCCUGCAUGGUCAUGGAGCUGUAUCUAAAUGUCGAGGAAACCACCGGAUAAUUUGCACUGGAUUUCGUAGACUGUGACUUGGAUCCAACUAUAAACCUAUAAAUAAAAUUAUUGGUGGUUCUUUA